AUGUCUCCAUUUAAUGAUUACUGCAUCGUCUGUGAAAAACUUAUCGUGUCCACUCCUUCAUCCUUUGUUAACCAACUGUCAAAUGAUCAUGGUAACAGCAAUAGCAAUAACAACGCUAGUAGCAGCAACAGCAGCAUUAGUCUUUCUACUUUAGUAGAAAGCGAAAGACUCUAUUGUUCUGAAUCAUGUAGAUUAAAAGAUGCUAAUGCACAACAACAGCAGCAACGAAGUGUCUUGUCACUACCUCCAAUUAAUAAUGAUGAAAUCUCUACAUUCGCUUUAAAUUCAGCAAAUAAACCAAACAUAAUAAUCAACACAACAGAAAAUAAAAAUACACAAAGUAAUAAUAACAUUCAUGAUAAUACAAAUAUUGCAUCGAGUAAUAAUAACGGUUACAAUAACAAUGAAAAUGGUUCUUUAUCAGUGCCAACAAACUACACUGUAAAUACUCCUUUAAAUGGUGCUAAUCUCGAAGAAUCAGAUUCAUUAAUUACAUCUCCCUUAUUAUUACCAAAAAAAAUAACGAAAACAUAA